AUGCAGAAGUUGUACAUCGAUGUGUGGGACGCCGACCUUGUGGGCAGCGACGACCUUCUGGGCUCGGUGAGCGUCGAGGUCGAGAGGCUGUGUGCAGAGGGAGCGUCCGAGGACGGGUUGGAGCUCAGCCUCAGCCCAUGCGGCAGGAUUUGGGUCGCAGCCCAAUGGGAAGACCUGUUGCUGCUGGAGAAUCGGGAUGCAGGCUGCACAUCAACAAAGGGUUUCCUUUUCGUGGGGGUAUACUCUGCGAGCGACUUGCCGGCACAAAAGGCAGGCGCUAUGUGGUGGGUGCAGGCGAGUUGUUCUGGCGUGGAUUUGGAUGGAUGCGAGCACGAGAUGCAGACCACCAAGCAUAUCAUGCCGACGGUCCCGCCCGACUGCGGCGGAGAUGAGGACACCAAGGCGUCCAGGGCGGCGGCCAAGGAGCUGGAAACGAAGCUCACGCUGCUCGCCAAGUACGGCGUAAAGCCGCAGGACGCCGCCACGCUGCUCGAGAUGGACCAGGGGCGCGUGGAGACGCUGAGCGCAAAGCUGCAGGACGGCCUGAACCUGCUGGGGGCCGGCGGACUCGGACGUGCGAACGCUGACCGAGGCCACUUGGAACCAGGGGUUCCGCUUCCUGGUGGGCGAGUGCGGGGAGGCGGUGGUGUCCCUCGAGCUGAAGUGCCAGGUGCCCGGAGGGAAGCCCUUUACGUGGCAUAUGCCCGAGUUUGCGGUUGCCGACCUCAUGGGGUGCGAGCACGGGACGGACACGAGGACUCCUCGGGACCCUGCGAAUGCCGGGCUUCGGCCCGCGCCUCAAGGUGA